CCCUUCGGCCUUGUCUUGGCCGCCGUUGGGGUGAGGUUCCCGCCAGGUUGGAGCUGGCGUGAGAGAUGUCCUCCGCUCCGCCGCGGCGGUGAGGCGUGAGGAGCGGUCCCGACUCUUCCGGGUUGCUAACGGCCCCGGGCCCAGGGUGCAGCCAUGUCCGGCGGCUUUUCCUUCGGAAGCGGGACCCUGGGCUCCACCACCGUGGCCGCCGGCGGGACCGGCACGGCGGGCGGCUUCUCCUUCGGGACAGGGGCGGCUAGUAACCCUUCUGUGGGGCUCAGUUUUGGAACUCUUGGAAGCACUACAGCUCCUGCAACUACAUCUGCGCCUUCAGGUGGUUUUGGAACUGGACUUUUUGGAUCCAAACCUGCCACUGGGUUCACUCUAGGAGGAACAAAUACAGGAAUAGCAACAACUAUUUCUACAGGAUUAACUCUGGGAGCACCAGCCACUACAUCUGCAUCUACAACAGGUUUUAGCUUAGGAUUCAGUAAGCCUGCAGCAUCUGCCACACCAUUUGCUCUGCCGAUUGCUUCUACCUCAGCCAGUGGUCUCACUCUUUCUUCUGCUCUGACAUCAACUCCAGCAGCUUCCACAGGAUUUACUCUAAAUAAUUUGGGUGGAACAACAACUACAACUGCAUCAACAGGCCUUUCUUUAGGGGGGGCCUUACCUGGUUUAGGAGGUUCGCUUUUCCAGAGUACAAAUACAGCAACACCAGGACUUGGACAGAAUGCUUUAGGCUUGACUUUGGGAACUACUGCAGCUACUUCAACUGCGGGGAAUGAAGGCCUUGGUGGCAUAGAUUUUAGUAGCUCAUCAGAUAAAAAGAGUGAUAAAACAGGAACAAGACCAGAGGAUAGUAAAGCACUGAAGGAGGAAAACCUACCUUCUCUCAUCUGCCAGGAUGUUGAAAACCUCCAGAAGUUUGUGAAGGAACAAAAACAGGUCCAAGAAGAAAUUAGUAGAAUGUCUUCAAAAGCAAUGCUUAAAGUGCAAGAGGAUAUUAAAGCUCUAAAGCAGCUUCUGUCAUUGGCUGCCAGUGGGCUACAGAGGAAUACUCUCAAUAUUGACAAAUUGAAAAUAGAAACUGCUCAGGAGUUAAAAAAUGCUGAAAUAGCUUUAAGGACCCAGAAAACACCACCUGGACUUCAACAUGAAAAUACAGCCCCUGCUGACUAUUUCAGAAUCUUGGUUCAGCAGUUUGAGGUACAGCUUCAGCAGUACAGACAGCAGAUUGAAGAACUAGAAAACCAUCUUGCUACUCAAGCAAAUAAUUCACAUAUAACCCCUCAAGAUUUAUCAAUGGCUAUGCAGAAAAUUUAUCAAACAUUUGUAGCUUUAGCUGCACAACUUCAGUCUAUUCAUGAAAAUGUGAAGGUGCUCAAAGAACAGUACCUUGGCUACAGAAAAAUGUUCUUGGGUGAUGCUGUAGAUGUGUUUGAAGCCAGGCGAACAGAAGCCAAGAAGUGGCAGAACACACCCAGAGUUACUACAGGACCCACCCCAUUCAGCAACAUGCCAAACGCAGCAGCCGUUGCCAUGGCUGCCACACUUACACAGCAGCAACAGCCUGCUACAGGGCCACAACCAUCUCUGGGAGUUAGUUUUGGAACGCCUUUCGGCUCAGGUAUUGGCACUGGCUUGCAAUCAAGUGGCUUAGGUUCUUCAAACCUUGGAGGCUUUGGAACUAGCUCUGGUUUUGGAAGCAGCACCACAGGGGCCUCCACAUUUGGAUUUGGAACAACAAAUAAACCCUCAGGAAGUCUUAGUGCAGGCUUUGGCAGCUCAAGUACAUCUGGGUUUAACUUCAGCAACCCUGGCAUCACGGCGUCAGCUGGUUUGACAUUUGGGGUGUCCAAUCCUGCCUCUGCAGGUUUUGGAACAGGAGGACAACUCCUUCAGUUGAAGAAACCGCCAGCUGGAAACAAAAGAGGAAAAAGAUAAACAUAUGGGUUGGUGUGUUAAGAGAAUCCAUAGCAGCAUCGCUCAUUCUGAGUCUAUUUUUCUAAAAUUGAUGCAGUAAUUAAAUGCAUCCGAGAUUUAUAAAGUUUUGAUAUUUUUCCCUACACUGGAAUUUGAACUUCGUUCAUACUUGCCAUGCCGAACAGCUUUUUCUUGUGAAUUUACAACCCGGUUGUGUAUUUUUCAUUAUUUUGAUUUGUAAAAAAAAUGUUCUGAUUAUAUCACUGAUUGACUAGUAAAACCCACUGUUUAACUUAGUGUCGAUAGCAGUGUUUCUCAGUAAGGUUUACACUGUGUGAAUAUAUGCACAUUGGUUUAGUAUACAGUUGGUAUGACUCUAGGGUCUGUACUAACAUCAGUUUGUUUCCUGAUAAAGGCCUUUGAACUAUAUACACUGCAGGGCGUCUUGUGAAUAUGUAUAUAAAUAUACACAGAAGAAUACACACAAUUGUGUAUGCAUAGAAAAUAUAUAUUUACAGACCUACAACUCUUGCCUCAGACUGUUCCCCUUUUCUAAGGGUAUCCAGUUUCUCACCCUUUAAGCUUCAAAUCCUCAGUGCUUGUCGAACGAUGAACUAGGAGCACCAGUUCAUUACCAGCUGUUGGCUUAAAGACUUGUUGAAAUAGUUUCUGGCAUAAAUAUUUGGUCAGCUCAACUUCACUGAGUCUAGCAUUAGGUAGACCUAUUUAUCUUUUAAGUACAGUUUUCAGAUGGAAUGUGAAACAUGGAAUUUUCCGUUUUCGUUUCCACUUUGGAUUUUAGCAGCUAGUCCACAAGAGGAACGCUGUGAGAUUUGUCAGGCAGAUUUUAACUUUCAUUAUCUUAUAAAUUCCCAUAUUGCACAUAUAAAGUGUUUUUUUCUUUCCAAGAUGGGCCUUCAGGAGCAUAUUUGAACUCCAGACUGGUGUUCUGGGACAAAGAGCUAUUAAGCCAAAUCGAUUCUAUGCAGGUGACGGAUGCACUAUUUAGUGGAAACUUUUCUAGCUAUUCCAAUCGAGUUCUUUCUUAGAGGGCUAUCGAUGUUGACACCAAAUGGAGUGGCUUAUCAGCCUCUUAAUGUCUUAAGUAAGUGCUUAAUAUGGAAUAGAAAAACAGUAUAUUUUAAGGAAAAACAAAUUCUUUGUAGCAGCUAUAAACGUUCCCUUGUUCGGAUGGUGACAGAGCUCCAGGUAAUAAUAGCCCAUCGGAAUGUCAGGUUGCAUCUGUGUCAUAGUGUGUGUAUUAGUACUCGUGAGUGAAGCAGAGUGCAGAGAAAUGAGAGCCCUUUGAAAGAGAACUGCCUUAGCUGUGAUUUCCAAGAGAAACCAUUAGGUAGACCUAUUUAUCUUUCAAGUACAGUUUUCAGAUGGAAUGUGAACAUGGAAUUUCAUUGAAAAUAGUUUUCUAUAUAGAAGGGUUUGUACAUAAUGUGCAUCAAGUGAAUAUUUUCAGAAUCAUUUUCACCAAGGCACCUUUUUUUCUAAGAUAGGAUUGCAUAUAUAUAUAAACACAUAUAUAUUUUUAGUAUAAUGUUAGUUGGGUUUAAUUAUAAAAGUAUUGUCCAAUCUGUAUUAUUUAUCUGCAUAUAGCAAUGGUUGGCUUUUUUUAAUUGAAAUUUGUGCACCUUAAUGCAUUAAAAUAAGGAAAAUCGUUUGUUUUGGGGCACUGAAUUUGUUUUUAUUUCUGUGUACUUCUCUAAUAUUGUAAUUCCCAAAUCAGAUUGUGGAAUAGGUUAGGAAAGGUGUAAUUUUGUGUUUUGAAUUACUGUCAGAAUUAAGUAUACAAUUAAAUCAAACUUUUUUUUUUAAGGGACAUGCAUUGGGCCGCAGAAAUCUGAAUAUUUAUAUUGUUGUUUUUUUUUCUUUGUAUAUUUUACAUUUUAAUAUGUUGAACCACUGGAAAUUUUGUAACAGAAUAAUCUGUGAUAGGAGUUAAAAUGUGUUGUCUUUGUCUCCACUGUCUUCACUUUGUCCAAAGCCUAUCGUUAUGUAAACAAUAAAAUUAUUGUGUCAGUU